UUUUUAGGUUAGGUGUGUACGGUGUGUGUGUGUACUGUGUGUUGUGUUGUAGGUAUCGGUCCUGUUUGUGUCGGUCUCACUCAACCUUGUUUGUUAAUAAUAGUAAUUAUUUAUAUAUUAAAGAUACAAAAUAAUAUUAAUAAAUUAUCUGUGUUUGUAUUGGUUGCACCAUGCCGGCACCAGAAUUGCUUUCAAGCCAAGGGCUAAGACUGGAUGGACGCAGACCGAAUGAGCUUCGUCGAAUUCGAUGCAAACUUGGGGUUUUCACGCAACCUGAUGGUAGCGCGUACUUAGAACAAGGAAACACAAAGGUUUUGGCUGCUGUUUAUGGGCCUCACCAGGCGGCCAAAUCAAAAAGUUCAAAUGAUGGUGUUGUUGUCAACUGUCAGUACAGCAUGGCUACAUUCUCAACAGGUGAAAGAAAAAAUCGGCCACGCGGAGACCGCAAGUCACAAGAGAUGUCUAUGCACUUGAGGCAAGCUCUAACUGCGGCGAUCAAAACUGAAUUGUACCCAAGAUCACAGAUAGAUGUUUAUGUUGAAGUACUACAGGCGGACGGGGGCGCAUACUGCGCAUGCGUGAACGCCGCGACGCUGGCGCUGACGGACGCAGGAGUCCCGCUGCGGGCCUACGCCGUGGCGUGCUCAGCGUCGGCGACGGCCGGAGCCCGGCCCGGGGCGCUGGUGGACGUCGGACACGUGGAGGAGGCGCAGGGCGGUGUCGUGCUCACUGUUGCCAGUCUGCCUAACACUGUUUAUGUUUUCAGGCAGUGUAGCGUUGUUGGAGAUGUCUCACAGAUUACACAUGGAUUAUUUCGAUGUGGUGAUGAGUCGCGCAAUGCAGGGCUGCAGGGAUAUAGAGGUAAUCCUGGACAGAGCAGUGAGAGAACAUCUAGCAGAAGGCUGGACAAAGCAAGAUGUUGUCACGAUAUGAAGUAAAUAUAGUUUCAAAUUUUAUAAAUACC